AUGGUAGACCCACAAAAGAUUGAAGUAGUUAAGAAUUGGGCUAGGCCUAGUUCCGUGUCUGAAGUUAGGAGUUUUAUGGGACUGGCCAAUUAUUAUCGCUGGUUCAUGAGGAACUUUGCUUUUAUCACUACUCAUUUAACUAGACUGACUCAAAAAGAGGCAGCAUUCGAGUGGACUGACAAUUGCGAAGAGAGCUUUCAAAAGCUUAAGACUCUUCUGACCACAACACCUAUCUUGACCCUACCAGUUGAAGGUAAGGACUUUAUUGUUUAUUGUGAUACUUCACAUUCAGGUUUGGGUGUUGUGAUGAUGCAGGAUGAAAAUAUUAUAGCCUAUGCUUUAUGGCAGUUGAAGGGCAUAUUCAUCCGAUUGCGGCAGACCUCUCUUAGAGGGGAGAUAAUUGUUCAAGUUCAAGGAAUGAUGCAUCUACAUAGAGUUUACGUUCGAAGGAAUGCUAAUAUGAAUGAGAAGAAAAAGGCUCCACAAGCUCCCAAUGAUCCCUUAACCAAGCAAGUCUCUCACGCCAAGUUUAGAUUGGCUUUUCAAGUGCUUGCCCAAGCUGUGGUGGCACAAUCCAACAGUGAGGUGGUUGCUAUCAUAAACCCAAAUAUGAGUACGAUGGCUAGUAGGGUGUGUGACUUUACAAGGAUGAAUCCUACAGAGUUCCAUUGUUCUAAGAUGGAUAAGGAUCCAUAA